AUGUCAGAUAUCCUUGAUCCCAUUAAUCAAGACUUCGUCAAGAAGCUCUCCCAGGGCCCGCCCUUGCACGAAAAACCCCCACAGGAAGCUCGUGACAUUGUCGAAACCCUCCAGAAACAUACCCCGGCUGCCGAUAUCAGCCAAGCGAAAAUUGACAUUCCCUUUGAUGGUCACGAAGUGCAAACUGUUAUUUUCAAACCCAAGAUUGCCCAGGGUACUCUGCCCGUGAUAUUCUAUACGCACGGUGGCGGGUGGAUUCUCGGCAGCCCCACCGUCCAUGGGUCCUUAAUGGAAGACCUCGCUCGCCAGACAGGCGCGGCAGUAGUAUUUCCCUAUUACACACCAGCACCAGAGCGGCAGUAUCCCGUCCAAUUUGAAGAGUCGUACGCGGUUCUCCAGUAUAUCGUGGAACAUGCGAAUGAAUUGCAUCUGAAGACAGACAAGAUCGCCUUUUCAGGCGACAGCGUGGGAGGCCACAUGGCCAUUGCAAUGGUCCAGCUUGCUCACGAGCGAAAACUCCCCGUUAACAUCGCUCACCUGGUUCUUCUCUACCCGGUAACCGAUACGCACGCCAAGAGCGAGACGUACAAGACCUACAUGAACGGUCCGUAUCUGACGGAGAAGAUGAUGGACUGGAUGAUUGACGCUUUUCUUCCUAACGUUGCGGAUAGGCGCAAUCCGUUGACCUCCCCGUUAGCGUUCGUACCUGAUGAGAAGUUGGCAAAGUUUCCACCUACAACUAUUUUUGUUUCAGGCGCGGAUCCACUUCUCGGUGAAGGUCAGGCCUUUGGUCAGCGACUUCAGAAGGCGGGGGUCGAGACGGCGAUAUUGAGAGCCGAUGGUCAGAUCCAUGACUUCGUGAUGUUGGAGGCCAUUAGGCAUACGGCUACUGCUAGGGCUGUAGUUGAACUUGCAUCCCGGAAGAUUAAGAGGAGUUUGGAGUAA